AGGUGCCGUAGCACCACAUUGAAGUCACUGUGAACUCAACAUUCGAUCGGGCGAGUCUCUGGUGAUCCCACUGAUCCCGCCUGUCCAUCAUAUUUCAUCUUUUUGUUCAUAUUUUUCCCGUACGGGAACAAAGUAGUGAGGAAAUUAAACAGAAAUUCAUCUGGAAGUGCUGAAUUCGACUGCGUUGUUUUUUUUUUUCGCGAAAGACGUGAAAGUGAUAAUACGAAGCAGAGUGAGGAUUAUUUAAUAAAAUGACGACCCAUGGAACUAAUUCGGCCGAAGCCGUUCCUAUGACCACUGUACCAUCAUCUUCUGGUGCAGGAACUUCACAUCAACCUCCGCACCGACAACUGGGUGUUACGACAUCUGAGGGAGAAAAUGCUGGAUGUGUGGAAGUUCUCGCGACAAUCCUCUCAAUAUGCCUUAUGAUCAUCACGUUGCCCUUCUCACUUUUCUUCGUCUUCAAAGUUGUUGCCGAGUAUGAACGAGCUGUAAUCUUCCGUAUGGGUCGCCUUAGAGCAGGUGGAGCCCGUGGUCCAGGAGUAUUUUUCGUGCUACCGUGCAUCGAUGAGUACUGCAAAGUGGACCUCCGUACGGUGUCUUUCGAUGUACCCCCACAGGAAGUCCUCACAAAGGACUCUGUCACUGUGUCCGUGGAUGCUGUGGUGUACUACCGCAUCAGUGAUCCCCUCAAAGCAGUCAUUCAAGUAGCCAACUACAGUCAUUCAACACGCCUCCUCGCCGCCACGACACUCCGCAAUGUUCUCGGUACGCGCAAUCUCUCUGAAUUACUGACGGAACGUGAGGCCAUCUCACACACAAUGCAGGUCUCUCUGGAUGAGGCAACUGAUCCAUGGGGUGUUAAAGUGGAACGUGUUGAGAUCAAGGAUGUCUCCCUACCGAUGCAGCUACAACGUGCAAUGGCAGCCGAAGCAGAAGCUUCUCGUGAAGCACGUGCCAAGGUGAUUGCAGCUGAGGGUGAAAUGAAGGCAUCUCGUGCUCUCAAGGAAGCCUCAGACAUCAUGUCGGAGAGUCCUGCUGCCCUCCAACUGCGCUACCUUCAGACACUCAAUACCAUCAGCUCUGAAAAGAACUCCACAAUCGUCUUUCCACUACCACUGGAGAUACUCAAUUUCUUCCAAGCUAAAACCGCUCAAAUCAUGGAUACACGAUAAUACCAUCCCGUCCAGGAAAAAAGAAUAACAAAAAUUAUUCCGCCAUAGCAGAAGGUAUUUUUGUAUUUAAUUAAAAAGAAAAACACAAAGUGCAAAAAAAAACAGUUUUUUCUAACUUAAACUCUAUUCUCCUCCACAUGCCACACUUGGUGGAUUUAUAAUAAAAUUCUUUUUUUUAUCUAAGUACUUCCGUGGUCUUAUCGUUCCGAUUUUGAUAAAUCAUAAAACAGAUUCAGAGUAAAAUAUACUCAAAGAAUGUAUAAAUUAAAAAGUAUUUGUGCGGUAUUGUUGUAAAAUUCACAAAAUAAAAUUAUUACUUAAAUAAUAAA